GUCCGGCCCACAGAGGGCUUUGCCCCAGAAAAACUGGGUGUGCGAUUCCCUACCUAGAAGUGACGCACAGCUCUCUUCUGGGUGUGCGAUUCCCUACCUAAAAACUGGGUGUGCGAUUCUCUCUCUCUCUAAUCUCCGAUAAGCAUCAGCCACAGCUCUCUUCCCUGUCUCGCUCUCUCUCUCCGGAUUUGAGAUUAGAGUGACUGAAUAUGGUUGGUGGGUCUGUAAAAGAUGUGCAGUCCAAGGGAGAGCUUGAUAACGUGAUCGGUCAGGGGGUACCAGUUAUCGUACACUUCUGGGCCGAUUGGUGUGAAGCUUCCAAGCAGAUGGAUCAAGUCUUUUCUCAUCUCUCCACCGAUUUCCCUCAUGCCCACUUCUUAAGGGUUGAAGCUGAAGAACAAGCAGAGAUUUCUGAGGCAUACUCAAUUUCUGCUGUGCCAUACUUUGUCUUCUUUAAGGAUGGAAAGCCUGUCGAUACAUUGGAGGGUGCUGAUCCAGCUAAUUUGGCCAACAAAGUUGCUAAAGUUGUUGGGUCGAUCAAACCCGGGGAACCUGCAGCUCCUGCUAGUCUAGGGAUGGCUGCAGGACCCACUGUUCUUGAAACAGUCCAGGAAUUUGCUAAGGAAAAUGGUUCGUCUCAAGUGGAAAAUCAAUUGACUUCUGGACAGGGCGAUGGACUCGAAAAACGACUGCAGCAGCUUGUUGGUUCUCACCCAGUCAUACUUUUCAUGAAGGGAAGCCCAGAAGAACCCAAAUGUGGGUUUAGCCAAAAAGUUGUUGGAAUUUUGAAAGAAGAAAAGGUCAAAUUUGGGAGCUUCGAUAUUCUGACAGACAGUGAAGUUCGUGAAGGUUUGAAGAGGUUCUCCAACUGGCCCACGUUUCCUCAACUCUAUUGCAAAGGUGAGCUUCUUGGCGGGUGUGAUAUCGCAAUUGCUAUGCAUAAGAGUGGUGAGCUAAAAGAAGUUUUUAGGGAUCAUGGGAUAGAAAUCUCUGAUUCCAGUGUGGCAAAAGGGACUGAAAUUGGUGGGGGGAAGGGUGGCAUCUCCGAGCCUUCUGGCUUGAGUGCAACUCUUGCCUCCCGAAUUGAAGGUCUGAUCAAUUCAAGCCCAGUUAUACUGUUUAUGAAGGGAAAACCUGAUGAACCCAAAUGUGGGUUCAGCCGGAAGGUAGUUGAUAUUCUUCGAGAAGAGAAAGUGGAUUUCGAGAGUUUUGACAUUCUGACUGAUGAUGAAGUCCGACAAGGGCUCAAAGUGUACUCAAACUGGUCCAGUUAUCCACAGCUAUACAUAAAAGGUGAACUUCUUGGUGGAUCAGAUAUUGUGUUGGAAAUGCAGAAGACUGAAGAACUUAAAAAUGUCUUAUCUGAGAAAGGGAUCACUCAGGGAGAGUCUCUCGAAGAUCGCUUGAAGAAACUGAUCAAUUCUUCACCUGUAAUGCUAUUCAUGAAGGGUACCCCUGAUGCUCCAAGAUGUGGUUUCAGCUCCAAGGUGGUAAAUGCCUUAAAGGAGGAGGGGGUAGGGUUCGGGUCCUUCGAUAUUUUAAGUGAUGAGGAAGUGAGGCAAGGGCUGAAGACCUUCUCAAACUGGCCUACCUUCCCACAGCUCUAUUACAAUGGUGAGUUGAUAGGAGGCUGUGACAUAGUAUUGGAGCUACGAAACAAUGGCGAGCUCAAGUCUACCCUCUCUGAUUAGAGAUCGAUGGAACUCAUCAGAUGGCGGCAGAUGAACCCCGACUCCAAUAUUUCCCGCGUAUGUCGUGUGUUAAUGCUACAUAUGAUACAUUAGUUUGCAACUUUGAGUUCCCAAAUUUGUCACCACUAUUUCUGGGGAUAUAUAGUGGAGUCAGUGGCCACAAACUUGAAAUUUUACUGAAGUCAUAGUCAUGGGUGCUGUUAACGAUAUGAUCUUUUUAUGCGCCAAUCUAGGAUAUGACAUGAAAACCUUUGUUCUUGGUGUGUGACAAACCUUUCAUGUGACACUUCUGAGUCCUAUUGUUCUGUUCUCUAAAAUAGUGUAGUUUUGGGGAAAG